ACCGAUUCGCGGAAAUGACUCGAACUUCCAAUCAAAUCAAAAAAUCGUGCUAGGUCGCGCGCCGUCCGUUGUGACGUAACGUCGUUCCUUGUCCCUCGUGUCACGUGACUUGAGAAUCGCUUGUGAAAAUAUCUUGGAACCGAAGUCCUUGUUUUUCGAGCAUUUGACUGACCGAACUAACGUUGUUUUGCCGUAUAUUAACAUGGAACGUGUUCAGUAAAAGUUUACAAGCAGUUCGAUUUUCAGUGAGUGUAUCUAGAGGUGUACACAGAGGGAAUUAAUGUUGUUGAGGUCGCGGCAGGAUGCCCCGCCGGAAGCGCACAACGGAUGAAGGCGGAAGAAGAGCGAAAGUCAGCAGAGUGGAGCACAAUGAAGAGACCCUAGUCAUAUCUGAUUCUGAAAAUGAAGAGGAGGAAGAUUGCUCAGUUAAACGGUCCUCUCGGACAACCCGGUGGAAACGAAGGGAGAAUCAGUCUCAACUACGAGACAUGACAGAAGAAGAAAUGUUGGACCUGGCUAUGAAACUUAGCGCUCAGGAGGCAAACAAUGCUGCCCAGAAACAACAGCAGGAAGACAGCAACAUACAAAAAGCCAUAGCAGAAAGUCUUAAUGAAAGAACUCUAAAAGCAUCGGAGGGUCAAGAUGAAGCAGCCAGCUCUACAGAUCAACUACAGCAUGUAACAAAUGCAGUUUCACGCUUGAGGCGAAAACUGUUGUACCCCGGACAAGAUCAGACUCACAGUGAGAAUGAGAGGGAAACACGUAGUCCGCUUCCAGAAAUGCCUGAUCUAUCACAGGCAACCUCGUCGCAUCUUUCAACGAUGAGUUCUCCAGCUCAGGUCUCCAGUCCUUCUGCUACCACUCAGGACAAGGCUUCAGAUAAACAGACAGUCAUCAGCAACACUCCUGAGCUCUUCAGAUCUGUCUCAGAUUCCCAGUCCCAGACAUCCCCUCUCUUCACCAGACAUGGCGGCUUCAUUCGUCAGCCUGUAGUGUGUGUAGAAAAACUGAGUCAGGACCUCAUCUCGGCAAGCACAGACACAAAUUUUCACACACAGGACAGCGCUGCUGCUACAUCCCCCAAGCAGGAAGAUUCACCUUUUUCCAUAUGCCCAGUCUUCAAAAAAAAACAAAAAACUGACUUGCGAGAGGACAAAGACUGCUGUAAAAAUACUAAUGCAAGUGAAGACGAUACUCAAAUAUCUGAUGAAGAUACUCAUUUACCAACACAAGUAAGCCAAGGUUUAAGCACAGAUACGUGCCUUUCACCUUCUACGUCAAGCCCCAAAUGUGUGCCUAAUAUCAGCAGUGAAGAUGUCACCUUAGCAAGUAAAACCCCUAUUUUAAAGCAAGUGGAAGAUCGGACCACUGAGGGUGACAAUUUAAAAUCUGAUACUGAAACUGCUCCAAACACCCAGUCUUGGAAUGAAUUUGCUAGUUACAUGGUCUUGCAUUUAACUGAUGAAGAGGAUGCCAGCGAAGAGGUUCUUUCCCCCAGCCCAGUGUUGUGCAUGGAAAAAAUUAAGCCAGUCAAUACUGAGCUUUCCCCAACCCAGUCCUGCGUCCCUCCAACUGCCAUCACACUCUCCUCCUCUUUACAAGACACACAGAUGUCCUGUACUGUCCUGGAAGAGGACUCAAAAGCAUCCAAGGGUGUGGAAUUCAAGUCCUCCGACUGUAUAUCUCCACAUCCUUCAGUUGAAAAAGGACAAUGCACCAUCUCUUACUACUGGGGAAUACCUUUCUGCCCCAUGGGGCAAAACCCGGACGAGUACACACGUGUUAUCAUGUGUCAAAUGGAGGUGUAUGAGAAGAGCUUGAAGGAGGCCCAGCGUAAGAUGCUACACAAAGCAGAAUGGGGACAGCCAGUGCUUCCUGGCUCAGAGAGGCCAUUUGGUGCAAGGAGAUGGAAGCGCCACAGAGCUCCUCAGCUGUCAGAGGAUGAGGAGGAGAAUGAAGUAGAGGCAGAGAAAGAAAAUAACCGAACAGAAGGAGAAGAAGAGAAGGACGAAACAAAGGAGGAGUCUGUGGUGGGGUCACAAGAGGAUGCUGAGGGCAGACAGAGUGAAACAUACGUAGUUUUGUCAUCUCCAGAGAAAAAAGACGAGCAAGUGGAAAAAACCCCUUUCCUCAGCCAUGAGGAGCCUGUAACUGCCGUUUUAAAUAAACCUUUCAGGAAAAGUGCUCCAUGGGACACUUCAGAUGAAACACAAAUAAAAUGUUCAGCUGAGCAGGAGGAACAAGAGGCUCAGAAUCAUGAGCAUUGUGAAGACGAUGAGAUCAUUUGUCCGGAGACUCAGAUGACUCAAAACAGCACUCCAGAACUAAUGGUGACCAGUCCCGCACAGCCCCAGUCUCGUGCUGACAGUGAGGUGAUGGAAGUUGAGGAGGGAGGAAGUGCUUUCGUUGUAGACGAGGAGAUGGAGCAAGAGGCUCCAUCUCUCCACAAUCAGGAGAUGGAAUGCCCCAUGUGCUCCAAACUCUUCCCCUUCAGCAACAUCCAGAUACACGCGGCUUACUGUGAUGGCGAAGCAGACCACCAGGAAGAGCAAUCACAAGUUGUUGCCCGACGGAAAAGGACCAAAAGGAAUUUUGAUGAAACUCGAUCUGGCAAAUCAACACAGAUGGAGAAGUGUUUUCUGUGUCAGGGAAUUUUUACAGACCAGGAGUAUCCAGAACAUGUCAAUUUGUGCAUCAAAAAGAAAGACUCAAGAACUAAUCAGGAAAACGGACUGCUUUCUGCUCUGGACCAGACAGAACGGAGACAAACUGGCACUGAUGAACCUGGGCCAUCUGAUGUUUCAAAAACAAACAAUUGUGGCCUUGCUGAUCCUGCGACGAUGGGGACUUCUGAAAGCGUAUACUGCUCAGAGAUGACUUCCUGCACCACUCCUCGAUCAGAGAACACUGACUGCCUUAUUGACUCUUCUAAGAACAGCCAAAGACUCUCAAGAAAGAGAAAAUACAAAAAAUAGUGUCAACCUGCUUUUAGUAACACUUGUGUCUGUGAUUUUUCAGUGCCUCUCCAUUUGUAUGGCUUUUUAUAAAAAUAAAAAUGCACAAAUGUAUAUAUUUAAGUCUUUGUUGUCUUACAAAAUUGUAUUAAAUAAUAUUGGCACUUCAUAAAGA